AAAAGGAGAGAAGGGGAGGGCUGGGCUGGGGAGGGGGCUGUGGGUCUUGCCCCGCAGAGGCGAGGCGAGGCGAGCUGGUGGGCUUCCCAGACACCCUUUCUCUCCAGCCUCUCCCGAGGCAGCCCUCUGCCAGAAGGGGUUAACUCUGGGCUUAACUUCUCGAAAGAACCUGAGGCUUUUAUUCCUUGAUCUUGCCUGCUCCCUUUCUUUGCAAAGUCUCCUGAUCUUUAUACCUCCUGCAAGUCCCUCCUCCUUACUCUCACCUCCUGGACUCCAAAAACAGUCCCGAUUGCCAGAGCAGGUCAAUGGUUAACACUCAGCCGGCUUUAUAUAACUUGCCCCGGCCGGCCGCCUACCCGCUGCUGCGUUGCUCCUUCAGUUCCCUGAUCCCGGAGGCAGUGGCUUCAGCAGCCCUCGUGGGUCCACCAUGCCACCUUCUGGCAGGGCCUGUGGCCUAUCGCUCCUACCUGAUUGUGUUCUUGCUGCCAUUUUCCUGCUGCCCUCUGCCCAUCCUUGUCCCCACUAAGGAAGCCUACUGUGCCUACUCCAUCAUCCUCAUGGCGCUCUUCUGGUGCACCGAGGCUCUGCCCCUGGCUGUCACCGCCCUCUUCCCCAUCAUCCUGUACCCCAUGAUGGGCAUAAUGGAUGCCUCCGAGGUGUGCAUCGAGUACUUUAAGGACACCAACAUCCUGUUCGUCGGGGGGUUGCUCGUGGCCAUCGCUGUGGAGCACUGGAAUCUGCACAAACGCAUUGCCCUCCGCGUGCUCCUCAUCAUCGGGGUGCGGCCUGCCCUGCUGCUGUUGGGCUUCAUGUUGGUCACGGCCUUCCUGUCCAUGUGGAUCAGCAACACAGCCACCACGGCCAUGAUGGUGCCCAUCGCACAUGCUGUUCUGGAACAGCUGUACAAGACGCCCACAGGCAAGGACGUAGAGGAGGGCAGCGACAACCCCACCUUUGAGCUCCAGGAACCAAGUCCCCAGAAGGACGUGACCAAGCUUGAUAAUGGGCAGGUCCACCCUGUCCCGCCUGCUUCUUCAGAGCUGAAGGCACAGAAGGACAGACAGCGGGUCCGCUUUAGCCAGGGCAUGAGCCUGUGUGUGUGCUACUCGGCCAGCAUCGGGGGCAUCGCCACGCUCACCGGCACCACCCCCAACCUGGUGCUGCAAGGGCAGGUCAACUCGCUCUUCCCGGAAAACGGCAACGUGGUGAACUUCGCCUCCUGGUUCGGCUUUGCCUUCCCCACCAUGGUCAUCUUGCUGCUGCUUGCCUGGCUGUGGCUGCAGGUGCUCUUCCUGGGGUUCAACUUCCUGAAGAACUUUGGCUUUGGCGGACACGAGCGGGAGCAAGAGCAGGCAGCCUUCCACAUCAUCCAAUCAGAACACAAGCUACUGGGCCCCAUGACCUUUGCAGAGAAGGCUGUCUCUGUCCUCUUUGUCAUCUUGGUGGUGCUAUGGUUCACUCGGGAGCCCGGCUUUUUCCUUGGCUGGGGCAACCUGGCUUUUCCCGACAAGGAUGGGAAAAGCAUGGUGUCCGAUGGGACAGUGGCCAUCUUCAUUGGCAUAAUUAUGUUCUUGGUGCCCUCCAAGAUCCCAGGGCUGACUCAGGAUCCAGACAAACCAGGGAGGCUGAAGGCCCCUCCUGCCCUCCUCAACUGGAAGACAGUGAAUGAGAAGAUGCCCUGGAAUAUCGUCUUCCUUCUGGGUGGUGGCUUUGCCCUGGCCAAGGGCAGUGAGAAAUCAGGACUGUCCGAGUGGCUGGGGGACAAGCUGACCCCGCUACAGAAUGUGCCACCUCCCGCCAUUGCCUUCAUCCUCUGCCUGCUGAUUGCCACCUUCACUGAGUGCACCAGCAACGUGGCCACCACCACACUUUUCCUGCCCAUUCUGGCCUCCAUGGCCCAGGCCAUCUGCCUCCACCCUCUCUAUGUCAUGCUCCCCUGCACGCUGUCUGCCUCCCUGGCCUUCAUGCUGCCUGUGGCCACCCCACCCAACGCCAUAGUCUUCUCUUUCGGAGGCCUCAAAGUGUCUGAUAUGGCCCGAACGGGAUUCCUGCUCAACAUCAUCGGAGUGCUGGUCAUCACGCUGGCCAUCAACAGCUGGAGCUUCCCCAUCUUCAGCCUGUACACCUUCCCCUCCUGGGCCUACUCCAACACCACAGCCAACUGCAUGGUCAACCAGGCAAACACCACAACAGCUCGCCCCUAGACCAGGGUAUCACCUGGCCAAGACCAGGAAGACCCACCUGUUCUCAUUCCUCUGAGCCAGGACGGGACACCCGGACUCCAGGCCAAGCCCUGAGAGAAAGGCACAUAUAUACAGAACCUCGCGUGUGUCUGUAAGGAAGGGAUGGGAGUGCUCCGCCCUGUGUACCUGAGGAUAAUGUGUAUAUAUAUAUAUAUGGAUGGAUGUGAGUGUGUAUGUGAGGAUGGUGUGUCACGUGAGGAUGCCUGAGAGGGGGUUUCUUGUGUGUGCACACGAUCCUCGGUGUGUAUGUUUCGCAGUGUGUGCACGUGUGAGCUCACAGACCAUGCGACCUGCCCUCUCUAGCACUCCGGGUCCUUGUCUCCCCUGCUGGGUGGGUGCCCAGACUUUGCACUGUAUUUAUUGAAACUUGGGGUCGGGGCAGCCUGGGGAGCGGCAGCUACCAGCAGUUGCCAUGGCAACAGCCUCUGGGACCAGCCCGGCCACUGAGGUCUCCCCAGCGUCUCAGGUUUGGGGGGAGGGUUGGAAUAUUAGCCCCAUUAAAGUCUUUUUCAGUAGAAUCUGGGCUGGUUCUUCAUGACACUUUCCAGGGCUGGUCCACAGCAUGGUUCAAGCCUCAGGUUGAGGAGUACGUGCGGUGGG